AUGGAUGAACAGAAUGAAUUCGAACAAAAUUUCGGAGAUGAAUUUAUUGAGGGAGCGUAUUUUUCUGAAUCUGAUCAGUUAGAAGAUAUCCUUGAAGCCACUUAUGCGGUUGACUCCGUGCAAGACAUUACAACUUUGAAAUUUAGUGAAAAUUUUGCGGAGGAAAUUGGCAAAUAUCACUUUUCUACUUUGCAGCUUGUAUUUGAUUUUUAUCUGAAGUACUCAAAGUCCAAGGGCUUUAGUGCAAGGAAGAGCAAGACCUUCAAGAAUAGUAUUGGCGAGAUUUACAAACAAAAGUUUGUAUGUCAUAGGCAAGGAUUCAUGGAGGAGAAAUAUUACACGAUGGAAAAAAGGAAGAAGGAGCCUAGAUUGGAAACAAGAACUGGAUAUGAAGCCCGAAUGGAUGUUAAAUUUGUACUAGAAAGUGGAAGAAAAAUGUUAGAGGCAGAUAUUAUGCAAAUGAUGAACAUGCUAAAGUCAGAGAUUAACACUUCACAGAUAUUUGGUCUUCUAGCUAGUCAAGCAGGCGGGUAUGAAUUUGUUUGCUAUGGUCCCAGAGAUAUGUAUAAUGAGAUUGCUCGGCAAAGGCGUCAAAUUCCUGGUGAUGCAGCACGAGUGUUGAAGAAGUUGGAGGAUAUGCGGUUAAAGGAUCCACAAUUAUAUUUCAAGGCAUGUCAUGAUUCAAGAGGUUUGUUACGUAACUUGUUCUGGUCUGAUGGGAUUAGCCAACUAGACUACCGACUCUUCGGGGAUGUUAUUGCUUUUGAUGCUAUGUACAAGAAGAACAAGUAUAGUUGUCCAUUAGUCAUAUUCAACGGGUUAACCACCACAACCAAACAACUGUUUUUGCUGCUGCGUUAA